AUGGCGCAAGGUGAUGAUGAUGCAGUAGUCGCCAGCGCGGUGCUGCGGGCAGUGCACGCCACGCUGGGGUCGGCAUACGUCGACUACUACACAUCCCAAAGCAAGAAUCGACUGCGGCGAGGCAAGCGACCAGCAUCGUCGGGUGACUUGGAGCUACCGUUUGCCAUCGACGUGUUCAAGGCUCACAUCACUUCGCUCCACCAACGCGGCGCUGCUUGCAAGGACGCUCCUCUGUCUGUGACGACCGUCUCCACGUACGGUCUCACGCGCGUGCGAACGUAUGCAUCAUCGACGUCGCUCGGCCACGAAAUGGCCACGUUCCUCAUGGAAGACGACGAGUUGCGAGCAGUUGUGGCAGAUAUCCGCGUCUGCGGCAAUGGAGUGUUGACAUUCACGAGCCACAGGCACUUGGAGUGGCACGCAACGCACGGGCGGCUGCCAUGUUCGAUGUGCGGGAAGUUCUUCAAAGGGCCAAAGGGAAUCCGCGUGCACCAGAUGCUCCACCACGACAGCUCGUUUGCGUCUGCUCAGGGCGAAGCGUUGGCAACGGACUUGCAAAUUGUCGUGUACACGGCGCCUCUUGUGGUCCCAAGCCGCGACUCGGCGUCUUCCACGUCUCCCUCGCCGACAUCCCACCCUCCAGUUCCGUCGGUGCCAGCACCGAUCGCUCGGAUAUCAAAUCCAGGCAUCUUAGCCGCACAAGGUGGCCAUCUCUCGACCCUCAAACAGCUAGUGGAGCAGAGGGGGUGGAAUCCGCUCAGCGAAGACCACAACGGGUGCAAUGCGCUCGUGUGGGCUGCCGGCGCUGGCCAUGUCGACAUUUGUGAAUACUUGGUCACAACAUGCGGCUUGGAUGCCCGCGCGCUUCAGGGAAAGCGAGAUAUGCGACGGAGUCCAUUGCACUGGGCGGCGCGCAAUGGCCACAUCAACAUGUGCGCGUUCUUGGUGGUUGACCUGGGGGUCGAUGUCGAUAGCCCGACCGACGACGGUACGACGGCUUUUCACUAUGCCGUGUGGAAUGCCCAGCUCGCCACGUGCGUGUGGCUCGUGACCACGGGCCAGUGCAAUGUGCACUCGAUCAACUCGUACGGAUGCAAUGCGUCGCAAUGGGCGUGUUUGACGGGAAGAAUCGACGUCCUGGCAUUUCUGCACCGCCAGCGCGUCGACUUCAAGCUCGUCAACCAUAACGGCCACAGCGCGCUGCACAAAGCCGCGAUGAAAGGGCACAUGGACGCGUGUCGAUGGCUGGUCGCUGUCGCUGGGUUGGACCACAGGCACAUGCUAGAAGACGACGAUGGGUUCACGCCCAGCAGGUUCGCCAUCGAAAACGGCUACCCCGAGCUUGGCGCGUACUUGGCCAUGGCCGCGAUCGACGCCAACCACGACCUUGAAGCCCGCGACAACUCGACUCUCCUCUGGUCCGUGGAGCAAGCCACACCCCACUGCCAUUGCACCUGUCCAUCCCUUCGAACGUACAACGCACGAGUGAUUUGCACGAAAGCGUGUGGCGCCAGCACCUGCAGUCGUUCACGCCAUGGAGAUUCAAGUCACGUGGAUGUGCGGAAUGAAUCCUGCGACUGCUAACGUAAAUCGGUU